ACCACAAGUCUGCAGCCCUCAUAUCGGGAGCCUUACGAUUUAGAGGGUCGGGAUUCAUCUGAGCCUCUCCUGCCUCGGUCUCGCCGGAGUUCAUCUGUUCAGUUCCAUAACCGACCCCUUGAAUCCGAGCACAAGAAGGUUCGGCGGCGGUCGUACCUUCCAGCGACUCCACGACACAGGUCUUUUCACUCGUUGGACGGCAGACUUGCCUUUGUCCACUCUUUCGUUUCGCCUGGGUUAUUUCCGAGAACAGCCAUCACACCAGAGACUACGAGUGACUUGAUGGGCAAGCCGUGGGAUAAGCUCGGUACAGCAGUUGGAAAGAAAGAACCUCACUCUGCGACGUCAGUUGACACACAAAACCUCACCAUGCCGGCAAGGACUGAAAGUGCGGGUUUGUUUGCAGCAAGCCCUCCGCCAUCGUCGUCUCGAACAUCAAGAAACCGCUCCAUCUCCGAGUAUAGCACGUCCAUUACAAGCAGUGAUGGCACUCGUCGGAAGGACAAGACUGGGAGUCGUGAGGCAAAACAAAAGGAUGGCAAAGGGCGGUGGCUCAGCCAAGUAAAAGAGUGGUUCAGUGCUGGCGAACCAUCGGCACACGACUGGAAACAAUUCAAGAAGGAAGAAUACCAACGGAGAGGCAUCAGCAUGGGUGAUCCGAACGCACAGGCCAAAAUGCAUGCACCCAUCGGCCAAAUACCGAAGAGCGCCACCAAACCAUCCGGCGGACCUGAUCCCGCCAAAAUGGCACGGAAACGGGCAGAGCAGAGGUUGAACAGCCCCUCGUACGCUGGGACUCCGCCAAAGACGGCGCAGUCCAUCUCCUCUGGAUCAACCUCUAGCUUCAAGGAUCGGAACAUUAUCGCUCCUUGGGCCUCCUGAGUACAAGUUCUUGCCAUGCUGCAAUGUCUUGGCGGAACGGGUUCGAUGGAAGGAGAAUCAUUCUUGAAGCCUGUCAUGGCUCGCUGGAAUGCUGAACCGUGGUGGUGGAGGACGCGUUUGGUGUGUUGGGCGUCCAUGUGUGAGACAUCGAGUGCACAAGCCUCCCUCGAUCAGUCACAUGUUGCAAGCGUCGUUUUGCUCUUUCUACGUUGCCGUCUUUUUCGUUGAUCAGCUUUCUUCAAGAUACCCUUUUUGGCCCGUCCGGGCACUUAAUCAUCCAAUAACAAAUCUAGUACUAAUUCAU